CGUGUUUUACUUUCACGGUAUGGUUACUGAGCUGUAAACGCCCUGGACCGCAAAGGCUGAUUCUGGAUGGGGACGCAGCCGAGACGGCUCUACCGGACCCCACCCGCCACAAUCCGCACUCGAGCGUACGGCCUUGAAGUCACUGCAGUGUACACGCAGGUAGAAACGCUGCGCUGCGGGCGUCCUGCCCUCUCGGGUCGAGAGUGCGGACUUGCGUCACCCAAGCAAGAUGAAAUAGCGAGGGAGUAAAGACAGCACGAAGCUGCUGUGACAGCUUGGCGUCGCUGUACGGCUUGCUGCAGACUUACCCCUAGGCAGCGCACGGUGAGCAGACGUGAGUCGGCCCCAGAAGGGCCGGGCCGCAGCGAGUACGGGAGUGUCGCGCGGAUAGCGGUUACUAAGGCGACCGCCGCUCCCUUAGACUGCAAGGUGCAGGCGCUUUACUGCGUGGCGUGUGCCCGGGAGAGUGGAGCUGCUCAUCGACUUGUCGCAGCUGACAGUGAACAUGACUGAGCUGAGGCAGAGAAGAGGCGAGGGAGGAGACGCAGGAUAUCGAGACAACGACAACAUCAGCGACAAGGAGACAGAUGGAGAAGACAAAACUGAAAUUGGAGGAGAAGCAGACCGUGAUUCUAAACAGGACACAGAUACUCCUGAGGUACAACCAUCUGUUGACAAUACUCCAGAAUGUCUCAACAAAGCUCUGUCUGGACUUUCAUCAAGAUGGAAGAACUGGUGGAUUCGUGGGAUUUUAACAUUAACAAUGAUCUCUGGCUUCUUCUUAACCAUCUAUAUGGGACCUCUGGUACUCAUGUUUCUGGUUCUUGGUAUUCAAAUCAAGUGCUUCCAUGAAAUUAUAACAAUUGGAUAUCGGGUUUAUCAUUCAUAUGACCUUCCCUGGUUCAGGACAUUAAGCUGGUACUUCCUGCUGUGUGUAAAUUACUUUUUCUAUGGAGAGACAGUGGCUGAUUACUUUGUCACCUUUGUCCAAAGAGAAGAGCCCCUUCAGUUUCUUGUCCGUUACCAUCGAUUUAUUUCUUUUGCUCUCUAUUUGACAGGUUUCUGCAUGUUUGUAUUGAGCUUAGUGAAGAAACAUUAUCGCCUGCAGUUUUAUAUGUUUGCUUGGACCCAUGUGACCCUAUUGAUUGUGGUUACUCAGUCCCAUCUUGUCAUUCAGAAUCUGUUUGAAGGAAUGAUCUGGUUCAUCGUUCCAAUAUCCAUUGUCAUCUGCAAUGAUAUCAUGGCUUACUUAUUUGGAUUCUUCUUUGGAAGGACACCUUUGAUUAAAUUGUCUCCCAAGAAGACCUGGGAAGGUUUCAUAGGAGGAUUUUUCUCAACUGUCGUUUUUGGGUUCUUAUUUGCAUAUCUCCUGGCUCAGUACACAUAUUUAGUUUGCCCAGUGGGAUACAGCGAGUCAAAUAGCUUUGCAGUUUCCUGUGAACCUUCUGAACUGUUUGUGUUGCAAGAGUAUACACUCCCAUCGCCACUAAGGACUCUCUUGAGAUCGAAAACAGUGAAGCUGUACCCAUUUCAGUUCCACAGCAUUGCUCUUUCAACCUUUGCCUCACUUAUAGGUCCUUUUGGUGGCUUUUUUGCCAGUGGAUUCAAAAGAGCUUUCAAAAUUAAAGAUUUUGCAGAUACGAUUCCGGGUCAUGGUGGCAUCAUGGAUCGAUUUGACUGCCAGUACUUGAUGGCAACAUUUGUUCACGUAUACAUCACUAGCUUUAUCAGGGGCCCCAACCCAAGUAAAGUGUUGCAGCAGCUGAUGGUCCUGCAGCCCGAGCAGCAGUUAAGCAUUUUCAACACCCUGAAGUCCCAUCUCACGGAGAGAGGGAUGAUCCCCCCUGCUGAAGCUGUACAGUAAGGCGCGCUGUAUGACCAUGGAGACUUGAUCAGGGCACGGGACCAGCGGCACCCCAAGACUGCCGUCCUCCGUCUUCACCCCAUUGCACAACAGGUGGAAAUACACUCCUGGCGAGCAGAGCCGAUGGUAGCCUUACUUUGUACCUAGUGGUCCGCUGUAAACUUUGUAGUGGGAGACAACAUCUCGAAGUUUGUUGCCAAAUAUUAAUGAAGGGCGAGUCCGGGGUUUGGUUUAAUGUGCUUGGACUCGUUGAUGAGAAGUGCAAUAUUUCCUUAAAGCAGGAAAAAUUGAUGUUUAGUUUUGAAAUUCAUACUUUACAUUUCACGAUAACUAAUCAAUGUUAGAAUGUGAAUAUAAAACGUCUGUGUAUUUAACAUAGGCAUCUUUUUUUUUUUCUUUUUGUAAUUAGCGGAGGUCAUUUGGGUGGCGGGCGGGCGGGCGCCGUACUUCCGGGUGCUUUUAUGAAUUUGUUUGAUUUUCGCUGCCUGCUUCUGCAUAAAGAUAAUGUGUUAUGAAGUCCAAAUGCUAGCGGCAAUCACUUGAAGUCUUUUGAAGCCGGUAUGUCAACAAAUGCGCAUUAUAUAUAUAUAUAUAUAUAUAUAUAUAUAUAUAUAUGAAAUAAUAUAAAUGAUUUAACUAUUCUAAAUGUAGUCAGAACUUUAAUGAAGUGAACACUACUGCAGUAAGGCACGCUGAGCAGAAAUGGCAGAGUAGAGGAGACCGCACAUCCACCCGCGACACUCUAACGUUGAUCGAUCUGCCAUUUUUAAAUGCACAGUUAUAUGUCUGAAUUUAAGUUGAGUGGAGAAAGCAUCAAGAAGGCAAACUGUUUUAAUCCAUUUUUAACGGCGGCCUAGAGAAUGACCAAUGAAAAGGAAUCGAAAAUGUACAGUUUGCUAUGCGUUUUGGGAGCUGGUGACACACGACAACGUGCGUGUGAAAUAUUUCACUACAUUAAAACCAAUGUCACUGAAAUGCCAGAGGACCAGAGGUUGGUAAUCCUUUAGUCCACCCACUUCAAUGCCCUGUAUACAGACUGCUCUGCUAAAACUCCCAUCAAGCCUUGCGUCACGUCCACCAAGCCUCCUCUGUCUGAGGAACGCCCAAGAAGUAGAGUUCUUACCUGACCUCACAAGAGGGUUGUGUUCAGAUGGUCUUCACAGAGUAGAAGGCAAUUAGUUCAUCACAUCCCUGACCAGUUUGCCCGUCUAACACAUCAAAAAAAAAGCAGAGCAGUGCCAUUAAUUAGCUGCCCACCAUAUGUUGACAUUACGUUACCCAGUCCUGCCCAGCCAUUGAGAGGGCCCACAUGCUCGCACCUCAUCAUAACAAAUUAACGUCGUUGUUUCUUGUCCUGCAGGAGACUCCUGUGGUGGGAUUCAGGGUGCAAAGUCCACAUCGAGAGUGAGCAGGCCGUACGUCAUUUCCAUGUCUUUGGUGGGUCAAACACGUGAGUCUGAACCCGUCUUACAGUUGAAAUGAACUGCUGAUGAUUCCAUUUGACCGAGUAGCUGGAUGAUGGCGUCAUUCCCAUGACCAAAGUUAAAAGGCACAAACUAAUGUUAAAUGUUGAUUUUAAAAUGAGUUUAAUUCCAUUGUGCCUAAACUGAACAACAAGGAACAUCCAUUACUAAAAAAAGCAAGCCUCAUUCUGCACUCGAGCGCUUCUGAUCAACACUAUGAUGUACUUUAAAUAAAAACGUUUCCUCUUUAUGAUGCAGCACCGUAAAUAGGGAAACGUUUCUGUUACGGCAUUUCAUUAACACACUUGGCAUGUUGUCCUUGGGCUGAAUUUUAGAUAAAGCUAUUUGGUUAAAUUACAAUUAGAUUGAAGUACAAAUGUGUUGUACUUUAUAAAAUGGUACGCACGAUAAAGUCCACCGGCGCACACCUCUCCACAAACGUCAAUUUAAUCCUGUCGUUACACAAAAGGCAAAGUGAGUGAGCGCGGAAUUUACGCAAAGCAGAGAUUGCUUCAAAAAUGUAACGUCAUACCUGAGGAGACAACUAAAUGCAAUGUGCUGUGAAAUAACGUGAGUUACAGGUGGUGCCCAAAGCGAAAUUCUCCAUUACGAAAACCGGAAGUUGACGUUUUUUUUGUCCGUCGCAGUUUCUUCAUUUGAGGAUUGGAGUCUCACCUGCUCCUGUAAGUUUGACUCGGUGAGUUUUAUCCAAAAAGUGCAGCAAGCAUUGCGAGGGCUUUUCAAGGAAGUCAGACGUGGGCAGGAGGCACCUCUUAUCUGAGCAGUUUUCAGUACCAGCCAAGCGAUUGUGCCGUGUGUCCAGUUUCUCGUGUUAGUCAGUAUUAGGUUUUUGUUUUUUAAUCGUUUUAGUUUCCAUGUUUGUCGCCCUGCGUGUCAAUGAUGUGUUUGUGUGAUAAGGCCGGCCGGACUGUGUGGGCCACCUCUGCCUGUCGUGCGACUUAUCGGGAGCGAACUUCUUCAAAGGACUGCUUUUCCGAUUUCGUCCAUUUGUUUCGAUUGUUUGUUUUAGUGAUGCUGUUGCGUUCAUCUUCUAAGCGUAUUUGUACCAAAUAUGUAAAAUUGAACAAAGCCUGCAUAGAAGGAUUUUGCAUACCUGAUAAAUUUAAACGUCGUAUCGUGACAUGUGGGCGGAAUGGGUGGGAGCUAAAGAAAUACACCGCAGGUGCAAACUGAAGUAGUAAAACAUCUUUGAUUGCAGCAACUUGAAGGUCUGGAUUUGCGUUCUGUGGGCCAGUUACCCAGACGAGCAGCAGACGUUAAGCCAUCAUCGUUAGUGGUCUUCACGACCCACCUUCUGCUCUCAUUUGAAGAAUUGCGAGGUUUAAACAAAGAUUGUCGUACACAUUUGGGUUUUAUGUUUACUUGAAACAAUGAUGCGUGUCUUUUAGGAGCAAUUUAAUUAACUUUAUUAGUGAAAUGAAGGUA